AUGAGUUCAAGACUUCCAAAUAAUUUUGUACAAACUAUUACGACUGAAGAAGAAAUUGAAGAGAUUUUACAAUGUUCAACGGUUAAUUAUACAUGUGGUAUAUGUAAAAUUGAAAUAAAUGAAGUGGAAAAUCAAGAUGAAGCUGGAUCUAUUAUGUGUAACUUAUGUAGAAAAAAAGAACAGAUUAAAAUGCAACGAAAAAAAGGUUCCGAUGGCAUUAAAAAAUUUGCUGAAAACAUGUUGCAGACUAGUCAUGCAGCUGUUCUAGACCUUGAAGUUAAUGAUUGUGUGGUAAUGGCCGUUCCAAAAGUCGACAGAGGACCUACAGAUCCACCAAAUAUUAUAUGUUUAGUUGUUGAAAAAAAAAUAAACUGUAUAAGCUAG